CCUCCCAUCUAUGACAAUCAAGGCAGAAGGACAAACACACGAGAAGUUCGAUACAGAAAAAAGCUGGAGGAUGAGAGGGCAGGCCUGGUCGAAAAGCAGAUGAAGAUGGAUCCUAAUUUCAAGCCGCCUGCCGAGUACCAGCAAUACAAGCGGAAUCAGAGGCCAACCGAAAAGGUCUACCUACCUUUGAAAGAGUUCCCAGAGAUCAAUUUCUUUGGUCUGAUCGUCGGCCCUCGUGGUAACACAAUCAAGACCAUGGAACGCGAGAGCGGUGCCAAGAUUGCUAUUCGUGGCAAGGGUAGUGUUAAGGAAGGGAAGGGGAAACCUGGAUAUGAUGACCAAGAUGAGGAAGACAUGCACUGUGUCGUGACGGCCGAUGAAGAAGCCAAGGUCAAGCACUGUGUCAGGCUCAUCAACAAGGUCAUCGAAACUGCGAGAACGACCACAAGAGGAAUCAAUUGCGAGAGCUUGCUGCACUCAACGGAACGCUGCGAGACGAUGAAAACCAGGUCUGUCAAAAUUGCGGCAAGAAGGGACACCGCAAGUACGAUUGCCCAGAGGAGCGCAACUGGACUGCACACAUCACAUGUCAUCGAUGCGGUCAGCAGGGUCACUUGGCUCGUGAUUGCACGAGUGGGGGGACCGCCGGUCCCGGCGGAUUCGGCAGUCGGCCCGGUGGCCCGCCUGGCGGUGGGCCCACCGGAAACGGCGCCUUCGACUCGGAGUAUGCGAGUCUCAUGGCGGAGCUUGGUGGCGGAGCUGGUGGACCCGCGUCAGGACCGGGGAGCGCCAGUGCUCCUGGUCGACCUGGCCCCCCUGGAGCUGGCCCUGCAGCCAGCGCAGGAGGGGCAACUGGGGCAGGCGCGCCGGGGCAGGCAAAGAUCCCUCCUUGGAGGAACCCAGAUGUGUGGAUGCAGCCAGGCGGAGGAAGGGUUCCGCGCCCAGGUAUGGGCUUCCAAGGCGGCGGAGGAGGUUACCAUGGUCAGCAGCAUCAGCAACAGCAGGGCUACGGGGCUGGCGUUGGGCCAUGGCAACAACAAGGGAACAGCUAUGGAGGCUAUGCCCAGGCCGACCCUUCGCAACAGCAGCCACCAGUCGCUGCCGCCGGUGCGGCAGCGGGUGGGCAAGAUUAUUCGGCAGAGUGGGCAGCUUACUACGCCGCACAAGCUGCUGCGCAGCAAGGCGGCACUGCUGAUUCGAACGCUGCCGCCGGAGCCGCACCAGCUGGAAGCCAGCCAGACUACUCGAAGGAAUGGGCAGAGUAUUACCGUCAACAAGGGUAUGCGCAGGGCUAUCCUCCUCAGCAAGGUUAUGCGCAGUAGACUGCAAAGAGGAACUCUGCCGAGGCAUGCUCUCACAUUCUUACUCUAUUUGAGAUCUGCAUUCAAGUCAAGUCAAGCUUAGGAUGCUGGCUGACGUAUUCCCAGCGUUACUCACGUUACUCACGUGUUGGCCGCCUGUGUUAGUCUACUUACGCAUCUUUUAACUUACAUUCGGAUCUGAUCUGAUAUGAGAAGACAGAGCUGAUCCCUUGCCUCAGACCUUGACCUUUUUCACUGUACCAUUUUA